CGUGGAUAUAACAACUACUCUACCGGUUCCGCACCAGUAGUAGUAGUCGUUUAGCUCUCACACCGACAUGUCGUAUAUAUUUUAAUAACUAAAUAAAACCGUUUUUUACUUAACGCGUGUAUUUACGUUAAUUACUUUUACCGCCGAUUCCCCGAUAUUUGAGUUGACUUUCCGCUCGCUAUGCGAUAGUCAACUCAAUUGGCGCAGUCGCCGAGAUCGAAUUUACGCUAAAAAUCACCGAUUUUUAUACCCCAUUUUUAACCGUUUUUACGACUAGCCGUUUGAAUGCUAAACUCAACGGUUUUUAGACGCCUUUUAUUUUAACGAAUUUUAUUAACCGACUUUUGCGACGACUUAGAGCUUAUAAAGAAGCGUAAAGACCGAAGAAGGUAUCGAUGGCUCUCCGAUCUGGUAAUACCUAUAGGGCAACCCUGCCGCCCACCGACGCCGAAGAUAUUAUCGAAGAUAUUCCCGAAGAUAAUGCAGAAGCCAUAACGACAUUAGCCGAUGAUAUCGAAGCGAUUACUCAAGGAAUCACCGCCGAUAUGGAUAUCAAUGAGUUGGUCGAACGAAUGGCCACAUUGACUACCGCUGCCCGCGCCGCUGCGGCAGCCCGCGAACAAGCCAUUCAAGAUGGACGCGACGCCAGACGGUUGGUGAAUGCGAAUACAACUGCGAAGAAUCGUUUAGAAAUUACCGAAAAACGUGUCGAUAAGCAACAAUAUGCGCCUCAUUUCGCUAAGACAUCUUCGAAAAUGUGUGAAUCGUUUAGUGGCGACAAAUCGAUAGUACCGAUUGACGAAUGGAUCGACGGAUUCAAUUCGUUAGUUUACGAUUAUACCGAUAGCGAAAAACUUACGUCACUGGCCAAACACGUUACAGGCGAGGCAUACAGUUGGUACUGCCGCGAGGUCGCUCGCAAACGACCAGACAUCACGUGGGAAACGUGUCGAAAGAAAAUGAUCGCCCGUUUCGGCCGUAUGGUAGGCCACGGGAUAGUCGAAGCAUCUGACCGUCGACUUCGAGGAAACGAAUCCGUUUUAUCCUAUUAUAACGACAUGCGCCGGCUUUUGGAUGAAGCCGAGGCCACGGAUAAGCAGGCGGUCGGGCUACUCACGAAGGGUAUGCCCGACUGGUACAAACCACAUCUGGCCGCCCAGAAGCCGAAAUCACCCGAAGAUUGGUUUAGUAUCGCCGUAGCGAUAGAAGAGACACGAAAGCGACAGCGAUACCCGAAUAGCGAUUCUAUUAACGAUUACGACGACAAUGACAGGCCUUACGAUUCGAGAAAACAACGUAACAACGACUUACCUACAAAACCCUGUCCUCGAUGUCUCCGAUCCGGAUAUACUGAAUAUCAUUGGAUGCGUCUUUGCCACCGCCCAGACGCUAGACAACCACCAGCACCACGCCCAGCCGAUGAAAAUGAUUCUACAGCUGCCGUCAACGCUAUAGUUAUCAAUGACAACCGCCAUUACGAUGUGAAGAUUAACGACAAACCGGUUAAAGCAUUCAUUGAUCAUGGAUCCGAAUUGACAGUCCUAUCGAAAGAAAUAGCCGAUUAUUUGCAAUUACGACCCGACGGACAUGGAAUUAAUGUAAAAACCGUCGCCGGAUUCAAGACCACUCUCGGCGAAGUCCGAGUCGAUAUUAAACUUGAUCGACAAACCGCAAGAGUGUCGAUGCAAGUAAUGGACGACAUCUCUUACGAUGCUAUCGUUGGCAUCGACAUAGCCGACAUGGAAACGAAAGUACGUUUGAAAAAUCAACGAAACGUCGAAAGCUAUUCGAUUAAAGUCGCAAAUAUACCGACAAUGGGCUUAAUCAAAGUAGUUGGUCUCGCGUUGCCAACCGAACCAAUUCUUAUUAAAACCGACGUUAACCCGAUAGCUCAACAGCCGAAACCUCUGCCUAUCGAAAAGCUGACGAUUAAUGAGACCGACGACCAGAUAGUAAAUAAACUCAUCCGACCGUCGUUUACUCAAUUGACAUCAGCUGCCGACGAACACCGAAAACUCAACGCUAAUAACAGCCUUUACGACAAUCAACACGAAAUCAAAGCGUAUAAAAUCCGAAAACCAAAGAUAAUCAACGGACUCAUACACGUAGCAUAUCGUGGUGUCACUAAAUUAGUUGUACCGCCAUCGAUGAUCGCCAACGUAAUAAAAGAGUUCCAUAACGACACCAAUCAUCACAAUAUUGAACAUACUUUUCGAUUGGUUUCAUCGAAACAUUGGUGGCCAACGCUGAGAACCGAUGUCUCUAACUAUAUAAAGAGAUGCCACCGAUGCCGACAAAACGUUACUAAACGAUAUCGUAAACCGCCGAUAAUAUGUAAUGUCAGACACGACGAUAAGUAUCGCUCAUCUGAUUUACGUAUCGGUGAUGUCGUUGAGUAUCGCAUACCAGACAGCCACUCUACGCGAAACAAUCAGUACAUACACGGACCGUACCGUAUAGUUGGUCAGAUCGGUCACGAAACCUUUCGUCUAAAACAAUUCAACGUAAGAGAUGGUAAUAUCACGAAAACGUUUGUUUCUCAUUCAUCGCAUCUCUUACGCUAUCAUCGCUAUCAUAACUCGCCGUUCACCGAAAACAUACCACGUCAGCGCUCAAGACAUCGAUUACUACCCGCCGAAUCACAAGCAUCUCAUUGGUCAUCCGUUCCGACCUAUGGCCGGAAUCUCGCGGCCGGGGAGUGUGUCGAUAGCAGGCGCUCGACACUACAAUUCAGUCGCAAGCGUGGAUAUAACAACUACUCUACCGGUUCCGCACCAGUAGUAGUAGUCGUUUAGCUCUCACACCGACAUGUCGUAUAUAUUUUAAUAACUAAAUAAAACCGUUUUUUACUUAACGCGUGUAUUUACGUUAAUUACUUUUACCGCCGAUU